CUGGUGGACAGCAACAAAAAUGAGAGGAAACGCUUCAAGGAACAUCACUUCCUGUUUAAAAAUGGCUGUGCAAGUACGGCAUUAUGUAAUAUACAAAACGUUAUUGAGCUUUUACGUAUUUGUUUGACCUCUUUUGCAGCGUAUACCGAAACAUGGUCCGUCUAUCAUCCUUCCUACUGAAGACAUACCAUGGAGGACACAUUGUCAUCAGAUUGGCAAUGGCUGGCCACAAACAGUCUAACAGACCUUUCUACCGGAUUGUGUCAGCUUACAACAAGCGAGCACGAGACAGUAAAUACAUAGAACAGCUAGGCUCUUAUGACCCCCUGCCAAACAUCUACAAUGAGAAACUGGUCAGUUUCAACUCUGACAGGAUCAAGUACUGGAUGGGCUGUGGUGCACAUCCAACGAAGCCUGUGGCCAAACUUCUAGGACUUGCUGGGUUCUUCCCCCUGCAUCCCAUGACAGUAACAGAGGCAGAGCGUCGCAGGGCCCUGGCAGAACGAGCAGAACGAGCAGCUCUGGAGGAGGUAGAUAAGCAGCAGGAACUAUGAGAGCUGCAGUGUUGGAACGUGUGGGAUUGUCAAGCGUAGCAGGAUGUGGGCAAUGUGCACGAAGGACAGCCAUAUAUGCCAUUCCCCUCCCAAAAGGCUGACUGUUCCCAGUGAAAGCCUUUGUUCUAUGUGUAACUAUGAAUAUUCAGAAGCAGUGCUUUUCCUACAGCUUUUCUUAUGUAACCAGUGUGCAGUGUAUUCACAUCUUUAUAGCAAUACAUUUGUUUAAUAAACAGUUUCUUGUGGUUCAAGUUAUAAAUUACCAUUGUGUUUGGGAUGUUUCCAAAUCAUACCUUUUUUAGAGUAACAUUUGCUAAAUGCCACUUUGCUCAAUGAAUGUUUUGAAUACUGUUUUCAGAAAGUAGGGGAUUGUGUAAUAGCUCAGUCGCUUAUCAAUUGAUGAUCAAAGCAAGUAUUUAAUUUUUUUUCCGUUUAUGGUUUGGCUGUGUUUACAGAUAUUCCACUACUGACAUGUUUCCAAGGUAAAACAAAUAUGAAUGUUGCGUAAUGUUAAAAGUCCCUGUGGUAAAUCAAUAAACUGUUUGAUGCAAUA